CAAUCAACCCCUCUAGCUCACUUCUUCUCUCUCUUCAUCAUUCUCCUCUUUAAUCAUCAAACACUCAUCAGUAUCAGUACUUGCGUCGAUUCAGCUCAACCAUGGCUAAAGUCGGCGUUCUCUUUUACAUUCUGCUUUUGUUUCUCACCUCAGGGGGGAAUCUGAUGACAUCCAAUGCCAAUGGACUGAGAACUUGGUGCGUGGCAAGGCCUUCAUCAGACCAAGCUACUCUUCUUGCGAAUAUCAAUUAUGCCUGCUCUCAAGUUGAUUGCCGGAUUAUGCAAAAAGGGUGUCCCUGUUCCACACCUGAUACUCUCAUCAACCGUGCCUCCAUAGCCAUGAACCUCUACUUUCAGUCCAGGGGAAGAAACCACUGGAAUUGUGACUUCAGAGGCUCUGGCCUCAUGGUCAUCACUGAUCCAAGUUAUGGUAACUGCAUUUAUGCAUAGAAGGUGGGAUCACAAACAAGUGCAAGCUUAAGCGUUUAGUUGUUACCAUAUGCUAUAGGUAUAAAUAUGUACUCAACUGAGUUUUAUCACGAGCGUCUGCCUGUUCAUAUUUCAAUUUCCCAUAGCUUAUCCAAUCAAGUUUAGCACUUUUCUUUCUUUGUCAAUAAUAUACUAGUUUCUCUGAAGGUUUGCUGAUUUUGGCUCUGAAAAUGUAACUAAUUGUAAUAUAUUUAAUAAUUACUUUUUAAUUUUA